AGUUUUUACUUCUCCAUAGAUUGAGUCAAAGAUAACCACAAAAUUGUUUUUUUAAAAAGGUUAUCUAGAAUCAGAAUCUUUCACUUUGUAAACGUUUGGUCAUUAGGUCACGUCAACUUAUUUGAUCACAUGACUGUCAUCCUCACGAAAACAUUGAUUUUAGAUUUUAGGGUUUCAGCAGUAAGAGAAAGAUAAAUAAAUGCAACCGGAAAAGGAGACUUCUAGUACCUCAAGCCCCAGAUUUCAUUCUCCUGAAGACAGCGGAACUGAUAUUUUUCAUGAUGUAGAGACAGAUAUAGUAAAUCGAGUAAAUUCGAAUUCAAGGGAACCAUCUUUGAAAAAUUCACAACAUUCUAGAACCCUUAGCUUUAAUAUUAAAGAUAUGGAUGAAAAGACACCAUUGUUAGAAGGUUUGUCCAGGCCACAAGAUCAGAAUGGACAAGAUGUUAAAUUUGCACCUUGUUGCAGUGACAAGUACAAGUCAAGACUGAAGUCAUUCAAAAUCAUUUUUCUUUUCCUGUGGUGUAUUAUAUGUGCGGGUUUCUUUAUUUCGAAAAAGGAGACUGAAAAGCGCUAUAAACUAGUGUCCAUUUCAAGGAAUGCAAGUCAAGAUUUUCCAAUAAGUUCAGAGUCUGAGGUCAUAACAGUAAGAUUAGAAGGUCCAUUUUAUGAAAAUACAGAUGAUGUCUCAGACCCAUCCUCUUUGGAUUUCGUAACAAUUGGCAUAGCUUCAUCAACAGAAUCAGGGUUUCUCUCUAAGCCAAAGCCCAAGAACUUUUCUUUGGACAUAAAUUCAACAAAAGGGGAGUGUGAAGAAACUCCUGUAUUGAAAAAAUACAGGUUUCCCAUGCAAGGUGCUGGCAUGACAAAUGAAAGCAAAUAUGUGUUGAGGCUUGAGUCCCCUUCACAAUUCUAUACAGCCAUGUCUGUGGUUUAUUUCARUGAGACGACAACUGAAGAUACUCAGGUUGCCAUAGGCUUCACGAUCUUAAUUGGAGUGUACAUCUUGAUCAUAUUUGAGCUUGUUCACAGAACUACAGCAGCCAUGCUUGGAGCACUUUCUACACUGGCUGUUUUGACCUAUCUCAAUAAGAGACCGAAGUUAGAAACUGUCUUGAUGUGGAUUCAGUGGGAGACACUAAGCUUGCUGUUUGGCAUGAUGAUUCUGGUUGCAGUAUUUGCAAGAAGUGGGUUCUUUGACUAUGUAGCUUUAAAGGCUUACAAGGUCUCCAAAGGACACGUAUGGCGACUCAUAACACUGCUGUGUCUAUUCACUGGGGUUGUGUCCGCAUUUUUAGAUAAUGUAACAACGAUUCUUCUGCUCACACCUGUAACAAUAAGACUGUGUCAGGUUUUAAACCUAGAACCAACAUACGUCCUGAUAGCAGAGGUCAUAUUCUCCAAUAUAGGAGGAACAGCAACUGCAAUUGGAGAUCCACCCAACGUUAUUCUUGUUUCCCACCAUCGAAUCAUGGAAGCGAACAUCGGUUUCUCUACCUUUACUGAGCAUCUAAUAAUUGGCAUUGUCUUUUGCAUGAUAACCGGCUACAUAUUUAUAAGACUUCUUUACAUACCAAUUCAAAUUGAGAAUCUGGAUUCACCAGAAGUAGCAGAGCUCAAAAGAGAAGCAGAGAUUUGGCGUCGUACAGCAGAUCGAGUACCAAUUUCAUCUACCGAGGAAAAGACAGUCAAACUUCUCCUGUUACAAAAGACCCUAUAUCUGGAGAACACCAUACGAAAUAUGGAACGCCACCAGACAAGAGAACAAGUUUUCAAAGACAAUUUACACGAAUUAGAAAACAAGUACAAAAUCACAGACUAUCCACUUCUUAUUAAAAGUGGUUUGAUAAUUUCAGUUGUUGUUGCGUUCUUCUUCCUUCAAUCUUUCAUAAAAGAUCUCGAUUUUGCAAUCGGUUGGAUUGCUGUCAUUGGCGCCAUUUCCCUGAUUGUUCUCGCAGACAUUCAAAACAUCGAAGAGGUGAUGGAAAAUGUCGAAUGGACCACCUUGGUUUUCUUUGCCGGACUUUUUGUUCUUAUGCAGGUAUUUCUGACCUUAUUCUCACCAUAUUGUUGCUUGAAAGUGGACAAAGACUCUCGGUUGACUGUGGCCAUAAUUGCAAUUUUAUGGAUCUCAGCGCUCGCCUCAUCGUUCGUCGACAAUAUUCCCUUUACGACUGCAAUGAUACCAGUUGUAUUACAGCUUCACAAUAAAGAGACAGUCCAACUUCCGUUACAGCCUCUAGUUUGGGCGUUGGCCAUGGGUGCAUGUCUAGGAGGGAACGGUACUCUUAUUGGUGCCUCGGCUAAUGUGGUGUGUGCUGGUUUAUCCGAACAGUAUGGCUACCCUAUAUCCUUCAACAAGUUUACAAAGAUAGGGUUCCCCAUGAUGCUCGUAACUGUUGGCACUGCCACCGCAUACCUUUAUAUCUACCACAUCGUGCUUGGUCGUGGCAAUAUAUAACGUACCGCUUCCAAUCACUGUAAAGUAAAUAUGCCAAUCGUGUCAUGUCCUGAGGACUUGUGAUGAGUCACGCGAUGUGAUUGGUCAGCUCGUUGCGCAAUGCCUUAGGACAUGACGGGAUUUCUAACAGUCUGAGACUUGUCCUACUCAAGUGCUGACAUCAAACUUAGUAGGAAAUCUACGAUACUUAAUCUAAGAUGAAAGAAAUAUAAUACAUUUAAGUAGACUUUUUUACUAGUGACUAAUUAUACAACUUUGUUUCACGGGCCAAAUAAAAUAUAAUUAGAAUAAAAUAACAAUAGGGAUUAACCAGAAAAAAGGACUGCGUUUAUAGGUGAAAAUCUAAAAGGGGACCCCUAACUCCUAAAAAACUAAUUUCUUUUUAAUAUCUACAGUUCUAUGUUUUGUUACUACGUCGAUUUAACUGUGCUUUUGGUCGAGUUCGUAAUUUCCAAGCAUUCCCAAGAAAGUCAAAAAAAAGACAAAACAUGGCGGCCAUCUUGGAUGCUAUAAAGAGAAAUAUUUUGAUAAAAAAUAACGCCAACAUUGGCGCAAUGACGCAACAUGCAAAUCGAAUAAUAGAAAUGUACCACACAGACAGUCAGGUGUCAAUCCCACCUCCGCUUGGUCUUGUUAGCGUAUUAAAGAGGCUUUUUUUAGCGGUUAGUACUAUCUCGCGUUAUCAUGGAAGUCUUUCCAGGGUGUACACGGGCUCGAUCAUCGUAGUACAUACCUAACUACAUUUGGGCUUCCUGUUAGUUCUUAUGGAUCAGAUAUGCUGUCACUCAAUGAGAAUUUGAAGAGAAAGCAACUAGACGAGUYGUACUCUAAAACUGAUCUUCCGUCUAAAAAGCUAUAACUGCAAGUAAGUGGAUCUGUAUAACAUUAUUUCGUCACUGAAUCAGGGAUGAUAUAUUAAAAUUUUCGUCAGCUUGCUUUUCACAUCAAACCUUGUCGGUUAGGAUAUUCCAUAACUACAAACAUAUGUCAACAGACAUGUCCAGUCGAAUAGAUAAGGACAAUGAAGGAGGUCAUUUUCAGUUGUUGACAGCUAAAAUGUAUAUAGGACAGCAAAAACGUCGGAGCUUUUAUUCUUACCAGCCACUCUGCCUUUUCGGCAUUUGCUUGAAAAUGGCAGGUUUGUAGUUGAAUGGUGUCGUCAUAUCACCGAGGGUUUGAAAAAAACCAUUUUGAUCAGUACUUGGCGUUUUCAAGAACUUUAAUUGGAGAUUCCCGCGAUGAUUUAGAGGAUGAAAAACUAGAAAAAUCACUAACGACAUCUAGUUUUGUGCUGACUGCGCUGCCGUACUCGAGUCAUUAUUACUACUAGAAAACAGUAAAAUUUUAGAGUAGCAAUGAGUAUAUUAGCAAAUCCUAAAAAAACCCUCUUGACCUCAGUCUGCCAUCUAUGGUGAAACCAUCGACGUACCAAGACCGGCGCCGCGCGAUAGCUACUUCUCCGAAAAAAACGUUUAUUUCAAGGUAGAGUGGAAAGUUUUAUGGUCUGUCGAUUCAACAUAUUUGCCUAUUAAAACUAGAACUUGCGUGUUACCCAAACAUUUUUUGCGCGGCAGUACAGUAAAUAGCUUCAAGGCAUAAUGGAACAAAUUACCGGCGAAUAUCAGAUAAGGUUUCAGGUCAACAAUCGAUCUGUUACGCGCUAUUUUUAUCUCUGUUUUUUGGUUCGGUGCUGAUGAAAGAGAAAAAUGAUUGUUCGAGUUGACUCAAUAAUGAUGAUUUCGCAAAGCCGGAGAGGAACUAAAGGGUCCCUGCCAGCAUGGAAACUCCUUCGCUCACCAACGGAGGGAACACUAUCAUACAGGAAAGGCUGUGCUAUUAGUCCUGUGACUGUCCCGUGGGUGCACCCCUGAUAGAUUAGGAUUAUUCUAGCGCCGUGUAUAAAUAUUGAUACGCCUAUUAUCAGGAAACUACACAAUAUCCCCCAACGCCCUUGAAUAAUAAGACAUUUAUCCUUACAAGCCUAGUUGGCAUUAUAUAAUAACCCAUCCUCGGGAACCCCGCCAGUGGUAAAUUUCUGUCGCUCGUUUCUCUCUAGCGACAGAAUUUUACCCCUGGGCUCCCGAGGAUGAUAAUCAAGUAUUAUUGUACCCGAAAAGGUGGACGUUUACUGAUGUUCUGCAGAUUAUUAGCUUUUGAAAUAUGUACUGGCGACUUUGAAUUUCGCCACCGAUUAAAAGGGUUAACAUUU